AACCUUCACAAUCUCUUCAUCACCCACAACACCGAGCAUCACAAACUAGAGAUCAAUUCACCGACAGUCCACCAAGAUGACUAAGCGGUUGGUUCUUUUUGCGGCGGUAGUCGUCGCCCUCGUGGCUCUCACCGCUUCUGAAGGUGAAGCCUCUGGGCAACUACAGUGUGAGCGCGAGCUCCAGGAGCACUCGCUUAAGACAUGCCGACAGGUCGUAGACCAGCAGCUCCGAGACGUCAGCCCCGAGUGCCAACCCGUCGUCGUCGGCCCGGUCGCGAGACAAUACGAGCAGCAAGUCGUGGUGCCGCCCAAGGGUGGAUCUUUCUACCCCGGCGAGACCACGCCACCACAGCAACUCCAACAAAGUAUACUUUGGGGAAUACCUGCACUACUAAGAAGGUAUUACCUAAAUGUAACUUCUCCGCAACAGGUUUCAUACUAUCCAGGCCAAGCUUCUUCGCAACGGCCAGGACAAGGUCAGCAGCCAGGACAAGGACAACAAGAAUACUACCUAACUUCUCCGCAACAGUCAGGACAAUGGCAACAACCGGGACAAGGGCAAUCAGGGUACUACCCAACUUCUCCGCAGCAGUCAGGACAAGAGCAACCAGGGUACUAUCCAACUUCUCCAUGGCAGCCAGGACAAUUGCAACAACCAACACAAGGGCAACAAAGACAGCAACCAGGACAAGGGCAGCAACUAAGACAAGGACAACAAGGUCAGCAGUCAGGACAAGGGCAACCAAGAUACUAUCCAACUUCUUCGCAGCAGCCAGGACAAUUGCAACAACUAGGACAAGGCCAACAAGGGCAGCAACCAGAACGAGGGCAACAAGGCCAACAGUCAGGACAAGGGCAACAACUAGGACAAGGGCAACAAGGUCAGCAGCCAGGACAAAAGCAACAAUCAGGACAAGGACAACAAGGGUACUACCCAAUUUCUCCGCAACAGUUAGGACAAGGGCAACAGUCAGGACAAGGGCAACUAGGGUACUACCCAACUUCUCCGCAGCAGUCAGGACAAGGACAAUCAGGAUACUACCCAACUUCUGCGCAGCAGGCAGGACAAUUGCAACAAUCAGCACAAGAGCAGCAAUUAGGACAAGAGCAACAAGAUCAGCAACCAGGACAAGGGCGACAAGGUCAACAGUCAGGACAAAGGCAACAAGAUCAGCAGUCAGAACAAGGACAGCAACCGGGACAAAGGCAGCCAGGGUACUACUCAACUUCUCCGCAACAAUUAGGACAAGGGCAACCAAGGUACUACCCAACUUCUCCGCAGCAGCCAGGACAAGAGCAGCAGCCAAGACAAUUGCAACAACCAGAACAAGGGCAACAAGGUCAGCAGCCAGAACAAGGGCAGCAAGGUCAGCAGCAAGGACAAGGGGAGCAAGGUCAGCAGCCAGGACAAGGGCAACAAGGGCAGCAACCGGGACAAGGGCAGCCAGGGUACUACCCAACUUCUCCGCAGCAGUCAGGACAAGGGCAACCAGGGUACUACCCAACUUCUCCACAGCAGUCAGGACAAUUGCAACAACCAGCACAAGGGCAGCAACCAGGACAAGAGCAACAAGGUCAACAGCCAGGACAAGGGCAACAAGGUCAACAGCCAGGACAAGGGCAGCAACCGGGACAAGGGCAGCCAGGGUACUACCCAACUUCUCCGCAGCAGUCAGGACAAGGGCAACAGCUAGGACAAUGGCAACAGUCAGGACAGGGGCAACCAGGGCACUACCUAACUUCUCCGUUGCAGCCAGGACAAGGGCAACCAGGGUACUACCCAACUUCUCCACAACAGAUAGGACAAGGGCAGCAGUUAGGACAAUUGCAACAACCAACACAAGGGCAACAAGGGCAGCAAUCAGGACAAGGGCAACAAGGUCAACAGCCAGGACAAGGGCAACAAGGUCAGCAGCCAGGACAAGGGCAACAAGGUCAGCAGCCAGGACAAGGGCAGCAACCAGGACAAGGGCAGCCAGGGUACUACCCAACUUCUUUGCAGCAGUCGGGACAAGGGCAACAGCCAGGACAAUGGCAACAACCAGGACAAGGACAACCAGGGUACUACCCAACUUCUUCGUUGCAGCCAGGACAAGGGCAACAAGGGUACUACCCAACUUCUCAGCAGCAAGCAGGACAAGGGCCGCAACCAGGACAAUGGCAACAAUCAGGACAAGGGCAACAAGGGUACUACCCAACUUCUCCGCAGCAGUCAGGACAAGGGCAACAGCCAGGACAAUGGCUGCAAUUAGGGUACUACCUAACUUCUCCGCAGCAGUUAGGACAAGGGCAACAGCCAAGACAAUGGCUGCAACCAAGACAAGGGCAACAAGGAUACUACCCAACUUCUCCGCAACAGUCAAGACAAGGGCAACAAUUAGGACAAGUGCAACAAGGAUACUACCCAACUUCUCCGCAGCAGUCAGGACAAGGGCAACAAGGCUACGACAGCCCAUACCAUGUUAGCGCGGAGCACCAGGCGGCCAGCCUAAAGGUGGCAAAGGCACAGCAGCUCGCGGCACAGCUGCCGGCAAUGUGCCGGCUAGAGGGCGGCGACGCAUUGUUGGCCAGCCAGUGAUAGAACUAUCUGCAGCUCGCUUGGUGCUUAGGCAUGCAUGCACCUUAGCUAUACAAUAAAUGUGACGUGUGUUCACAGUUUUUCGUGUAACUAAUGUAAAGCCCAGUAAUGAUGCAAAAUGAAAAGCUUUUUGGGCUAAAAAAAGAACAAAACUGGUGCUAUAUAGUA